UAUAUAGUAACGUGACGUCAUAAAGGGAAAAUAAUAACCAUGUAGUUUUUUUCGCGCGAAACUUAAAAAAAAAAUGUCGAACUCCCUGGGCGUUGCAGAUAAGACGCUGGAUUCAAGCAUCUCUUCUGCAGAUGCGAGUACAAUGUUAUUACGUCUUGCUGGGAAGCAGCCAUCAAAGAAAGGAGAAACAGCAAGUGAUCAGAAGGACAAAAACAAAGGGCAAAAGGGUCCCAGUGGAAAACGGGACAGUGUUGUAAGCAAUGAUGGUACUGAUGGUGAUGAUUUACAAGACUUCAGAGAAUUAUUCAACAUGCUGGACCAAUCAAAUACUGGCAUCAUCACAGCAGAAAACUUGUACGCGGAACUGAGUCGUGUCGAUAGUGAGAUCACAUACGAAGAAGUUGAAGAUGUUCUGAAAAAAGUGGACAAGGAUGGCAAUGGCGAGAUAGAUUUUGAUGAGUUCUUGGUCCAUAUGACAAACUUGGGUGGAAAUCUGUAUGGGGAUGAAGUAGGGGAAGAAGAUGAAGAACAACGAAAAAAGAAAUCAAGGCGAAAGGAAAUGUUUUAUAAGACGAUAACAUGUUUCUCGCGAUCAAAAACAUACCCUUGCAGAUAUAGAGAAAACAAUUCCUAA